AUGAAGGUGCUCAACGUAGCAGAGAAACCGUCGGUGGCUAAAGAGAUUGCAAAUAUUCUAUCUUCUGGUCAUUCACAGCGUCGACCUGGAUUUUCCAAAUACAAUGCACUCUUUGAAUUCCCAUAUCAAAUCCAAGGACAAGAGGUUCAAAUGGUCGUAACAUCGGUUACUGGACAUAUGAUGGAGUUAGAUUUUGAUGCAAGGGUCAGAAGCUGGUACUCUUGCGAUCCAGUGGAGCUCUUUACAGCUCCAGUGAUCAAGAGGAUACGCAGUGAUGAGACCCAAAAGAAGAUAGAAAAAACGCUAUUGAAAGAGGCAAAACACAGUCAGUGGCUUGUGCUGUGGCUAGAUUGUGAUCGAGAAGGGGAAAACAUUGCCUACGAAGUCAAAACCAUUUGUGAGAAAUCCAACCAACGCAUGCGCGUCUCCCGCGCCCGCUUUUCAGCACUGAUCCCUCGUGAUAUCAUCCACGCAGUGCAAAACUUAUCGGAGCCCAAUGAGAAACUCUCACUUGCAGUCGAUGCUCGAUCGGAAAUCGAUUUACGAAUCGGUGCAGCAUUCACAAGAUUUCAGACAAUGCGCAUCCAGAGCAAAUUUCCAGCACUAAAGCGGGAAAAGAGUGUCAUCAGCUACGGCCCGUGCCAAUUUCCUACGCUAGGUUUCGUUGUGGAACGGUUUCUCAUGGUACAGAAUUUUGAACGCGAGGCAUUUUACUACAUCAGCGUUACGCACCAGCAAAAUGAUCAGCCAGACGCGCCGACAACGACCUUUAAGUGGAAGCGCGGGCACCUUUUCGACCGCUUGGCAUGCUUGUGCAUCUACGAGUACUUGGUGGAGAGCCAAACAGCAACGAUCGAGUCGGUGGACAAGCGUCCAUCUUGGAAACGAAAGCCUUUGCCCCUUACGACGGUGGAAUUGCAGAAGCGAGCAUCGCGGUGGCUACGGAUCUCGUCAGAGGCAACGAUGAAGGCAGCAGAAAGUCUAUACAAUAAGGGUUUCAUUAGCUAUCCCCGUACAGAGACGAGUAACUUUAAAGAAGGCACAGAUCUCAUGGGCUUAGUUCGGCUGCACGAAAAUCAUCAGCAGUGGAAAAAUUACGUGACACGUCAGCUUUUAGAUGGAGGAAAAUACGAAGCGCCUCGACACGGAAAAUCCGAUGAUCAAGCGCAUCCUCCGAUUCAUCCAACUAAGAGUGUUGAUGUGAAUACGUUGUCAGACCCAAACGAAAAGAAGGUGUAUGAAUUUGUUGCUCUACAUUUCUUAGCGUGUUGUAGCCGGGAUGCUAAAGGCAGUCAGACAAGUGUUGUCAUGCGAAUAAUGGGUGAGCGUUUCACAGCGUCUGGUCUGAUGGUAGAGGAGCGAAAUUACUUGGAUAUCUACAAGUACGAGAAAUGGAAUGCGUCCGCGAUUCCUGUUUAUCAGCAGGGAGACAUGUUCCGACCAUCAACUAUUGUAAUGCUUACUGGUGAGACAAACCCGCCACCACUUCUGUCAGAGGCGGAUCUGAUCGCAAAAAUGGAUUCAAAUGGAAUUGGCACUGAUGCCACUAUUGCUGAGCACAUUAAAACCAUUUUGAAGCGUGAGUAUGCCAUCAAAGUAAAUAACGCGACCCAGUUUAAACCUACAACGUUAGGGCUGGCACUAGUUUUAUCAUAUGAGCACAUGGGCCUCGAAUUGGCGAAACCAGUUCUUCGUGCAGCGAUGGAGAACGACUGUAAAGCAAUUUCGUUGGGGCAAAAACAAAUGAAACAAGUUGUGCAAUCAUGCAUGGAUCAGAUGAAAAAUAUUUUUAUUGAAGUUACCCGUAGCGCUACUGUGCUGGACCAGACCUUCUUGGAACAAUUUGGCCAAGCAGUGAACGACACCGCGUUGCCUUCUUGGGAAGUGCGUCAGGCCGCUAGAGAAAGCGAACCUAGUCUGCCACAUCGAGAAGAAGCAAGAAGUCAAAGCUCAAACUUUAACAACACAGCAUCUGGAAGCGAGGAAGUUGGUUCAAUUAUUGACAACACGAACGCAGAAAGACGGCGAAAACGUCAACGAACUCCACCACGAUCUUCUGGUCCUUCGCAGGCACUGAGUCGACCACACCAUGCGCCAAGCAUGACUGCAGACGUACCCCGAUGCGAAGUUCACAGUUUGCCCUGCCACGAACGAGAGGUAACGCGCGAUGGACCGAAUACAGGACGCAUUUUUUACGUCUGCCCGCUGCCCCAAGGUGAGCAGUGCAACUUCUUCGCUUGGGCAUCCGACUCCAACCCGAGCGAUAUUCUUGUUGUAAAGUGUCCUGGUCAUGAUGAACCGUGUGACGAGAGAACAGUCAAGAAGGAUGGUCCAAACAAGGGGCGACAGUUCUAUACCUGCCGACGUAGCCAAACAGACAACAGCUGCGGCUUUUUUCAGUGGAAGGGUAACAUUACAGAGGCACCUGGCAGACCAGUGGCACAGCCUGCUCCAAGGGUUGCUGGCGCAUCGGGUACUACCCCAAUAUGUUCCGGACAUCAUACCACCUGCGACUUGCGCAUAACCAGAAAGGCUGGUCCAAACCAAAAUCGCGAGUUUUAUUGUUGCAGCUUUCAGGGAGCAGCUAGCUGUGGAUUCUUUGAGUGGAAGGACGAGCAGUGUCAACAGCCUGCUACUUCAUCUAUGCCGCCGUCUGGGGGCCACAAAGGUGACAGUGAGGUGUUCAGGUGUGAGUGCAGCCUACCUGGUGUCUUACUGACAUGUAAAAGUGGAGUGAAUAAGGGUCGGACCUUUUACAAGUGUCCGAAUCCGCAGGGAAGUCAAUGUGAUUUUUUCCAGUGGGGAUCAUAG